CGUUUUUCUCGUCCAACGUUGGCUCUCACUUUUGGACGCCGGUAUUGGACUUUCCCGUGUUUUGUGCGACAUUGGAAGGCGGAAUUGGCAAGGGAGCGAUAACGAGCUACCAAGUAAACAAAGGCGAUAACCGAUAAGAGCUAUCUGCGGCUGUCUCCCUCCCUUCCUCUUCUUCCUCGCGACCACCACGUGCGACCUCACGAUCUCGCAUUUUUGGUCAACAAACGGCGGAUAUUACACUUCUAGCUUUCAGUUCGCUAGCUAUCACCUUAGCAUCUGUCCAUCCACGAAACCAAUAUUAAUCCAGCAUCAGGCGCCCACCCCCUCGACGUCGUGCCAUCAGCUCCUCCAACCUCACCUCUUCAACGCGCCAUACCACCCAACUUGACCACAACAAUACCAACCCCAAAGAUGGCGUCCACCGAACCGCAAUCAGCAUUCGCUGACAAUACUGCCCCGGCUCCCACCACCACGUCCACACCCCUCCCAACCACCAUCGUGAUCCUCGGCGGCAACCUCGCCGGCCUGGGCGUGCUACACACCCUCGCCCGACACACCAUCCCCGCCCUCCAGCGCAUCCCCUCUCAACCCUCUCUUCCGCAAUACAAAAUCACCCUGAUAACCCCCAACAGCCACUUCUUCUUCAAGCCCGCCUCUCCUCGCGCCUUGAUCCAACCCGAUCUCUUGCCAGGAGGAGAAGCAAAGGUGUUCAGGGAUUUGUCCGACUCCGUGAAGCAAUAUGGGGAACUGGUGACGGUAGUGAAAGCAUUUGCCACCGAUGUGGACACGGCGAAGAAGGAGGUCAAGAUCAAGCAUGUGGACACGAAUUUCUCAGGCGACGGGAUGUUGGUUCCUCCCGAAUCAGAAGGAACCCCAACGGUCCGGUACGAUAUUCUGAUAAUCGCCACGGGCACCAAAGCGCGCUCGGCGUUGUGGACCAUGCCUGGUCCGGGAACGGAGGGGUUGCGGGCGGCGGAAGAUGCCACCAAGCGCGAGUGGGAAGGGAUUAGGACCAAGUUGAAGAACUUGCAGGCCGACACGCACCCGCAUCACUCAGUCCUGAUUGCAGGCGGCGGACCGGUGGGCGUUGAGACCGCUGGAGAAAUUGCCUCCCUACUAAAAGCGCAGGGAAAAACGGAGGGUGUCACCAUCACUCUCCUCUCCGGCUCCGACCGUCUUCUCAAUCGCAACUGCAACGAGAGCUUGGGGCGCAAAGCAGAGGCCUACCUCAAGAAAAACUUUGGCUCUUUGGUGGAAGUGAGCCACGGCGUCAAGGUCGUUUCCGUGUCCGAUUCUGUUUCGGGAGAAGGAGAGCAGACAGAGACCACGGUGGAACUCAGCGACGGCACCACCCGUGCCGUAGGCUUGUACAUCGACGCCACGGGCGGUUCGGGAAACGCCGACGACUUUCUGCCCAAAACCUGGCUGGACGCUUCUUCUCGCGUAACCACCAAAGACGCCUUCUUCCGCGUGCGCGGUUCUUCGGAAAACGAUCCCCAAGCGGACGGCAUCUACGCCGUAGGCGACGUCGUCUCCGGAAGCGAUAACACACUCAUCUCAACGAACUUCCAAGUCCCCGUCGUCUGCUCCAGCAUUGGGGCCGACCUCGCUGCGAAAAUCCUAGGCCCUGACGGCCAGGAGAACGGCAUGAAGCUGCCAGCCCCCCUAAAGCAAAAGACAUUCAAGAACAAGAUGGCCGGAACACUGUUGGUCCCCAUCGGCCCCGGUGGAGGUGUCGGGCAGGUUGUGGGGUGGGGGGUGCCGAGCUUUUUGGUGAAAGUUGCCAAGGCGAAGGGGUUCUUGGUUGAUAUGGCUGAGCCGGCUGUUACGGGGAGUCAGUGGAAGUAGGAGUUUCAGACUUGGGAGAAUUUGGCGGAGUGGGGGGUGGGGAGGUGGGUGCA